GCGCAGGGAGAGCGCGAGGCGGCCUCUCCCUCCCCCCUUCCUCCUCCUCCGGCCCGGCUCAGACCGGUUCCAACCUGCUUGGGCCGGUCCCAACUGCCUCCAACUGCCGCCGAGCUCCGGCCGGGCCGCGGGCGGGAAACUGGUCCCCGCCGCCGAGUGGGGCAGGCGGGAGCUCGCGGUGCGGAGCGCGCACACCGCAGGCCCGGCCUUCGAGGCCUCGCUGCUCCUCAGCCCGUAAACCACAGCGCCCGGCGCUGGCGGGGCGAUAAGCAGCGCGGGACACGACCAGGAGGCCGUCCUUAGGGGCCGGCCCGGCCCGGCCGCCGCCUGCGCGUGACGCUAUGUUAGAUACUAAAGAAGGCUUCCCCACAAUCCAUAUGCAUCUGCUUUGACUGGUGGUUUCUGUCAACCUACAAAGACUGACUUAUUGGUGAGGGCAGCUGGACACCUCUGAGAGCAACUUAGAGAAAUCCAUCUUGGGCAUACUCUGUAAAGGAGCUCCUCUCUGGAAAUAGCACCCCAGAUAAUGCACAAAAGCAAGACACCCUCGUGGACCUCCUUCCUCCCGCUUUCAACACCCGCUGCCUGCAGGUACCUGAAGGAGUUCCGCACAGAGCAGUGCCCGCUCUUCGUGCAGCACAAAUGCACGCAGCACCGGCCCUACACCUGCUUCCACUGGCACUUCGUGAACCAGCGCCGGCGCCGCUCCAUCCGCCGCCGGGACGGCACGUUCAACUACAGCCCCGACGUCUACUGCACCAAGUACGACGAGGCCACGGGCCUCUGCCCGGAGGGCGACGAAUGUCCAUUCCUGCACAGGACCACCGGGGACACCGAGCGCAGGUACCACCUGCGCUACUACAAGACUGGAAUCUGCAUCCACGAGACGGACUCAAAAGGCAACUGCACCAAGAACGGCCUGCACUGCGCGUUCGCCCAUGGGCCCCAUGACCUCCGCUCCCCGGUCUAUGACAUCAGGGAGCUCCAGGCCAUGGAGGCCUUGCAGAACGGCCAGGCCCCUGUGGAGGGCAGCCUGGAGGGUCAGUCCGCUGGGGCUGCAAGCCACACCAUGAUAGAGAAGAUCCUCGGCGAGGAGCCGCGGUGGCAAGAGACCGCGUACGUGCUGGGGAACUACAAGACGGAGCCGUGCAAGAAGCCCCCGCGGCUGUGCCGCCAGGGCUACGCCUGCCCCUACUACCACAACAGCAAGGACCGGCGGCGGGGCCCCCGCAAGCACAAGUACAGGUCGUCUCCAUGUCCAAACGUGAAGCAUGGGGAUGAGUGGGGAGACCCGGGCAAGUGCGAGAACGGAGACGCCUGCCAGUACUGCCACACCCGCACGGAGCAGCAGUUCCACCCCGAGAUCUACAAGUCCACCAAGUGCAACGACAUGCAGCAGGCGGGCAGCUGUCCUCGAGGACCCUUCUGCGCCUUCGCCCACGUAGAACAGCCGCCCCUCAGCGACGAGCUGCAGACUUCCUCCGCCGUGUCCAGCCCCGCGCAGCCGGGUCCCGUCCUGUACAUGCCGUCUGCUGCCGGAGACUCGGUGCCCGUGAGCCCCUCCAGCCCACACGCCCCUGACCUCAGCUCCCUCCUCUGUAGAAACAGCAGCCUGGGCAGCCCGUCCAACCUCUGCGGCUCCCCACCGGGCGCCGUGAGGAAGCCCCCGAACCUGGAGGGCAUCGUCUUCCCCGGGGAGCCUGGCCUGGCGCCCGGCAGCUACAAGAAGGCUCCUGGCUUUGAGAGGGAAGACCAGGUGGGAGCCGAGUUCCUGAAAAAUUUUAAAUGCCAGGCCAAGUUAAAAGCCCACUCCCUAGAGCCCAGGAGUCAAGAGCAGCCUCUGCUUCAGCCCAAACAGGACAUGCUGGGCAUCCUCCCCGUGGGCAGCCCCCUGACCUCAAGCAUCUCUUCUAGCAUCACCUCCAGCCUGGCAGCUACUCCCCCCAGCCCCGCGGGCGCCAGCAGCAUCCCUGGCAUGAAUGCAAACGCUCUGCCCUUCUACCCCACCAGUGACACGGUAGAGUCGGUCAUAGAGUCUGCUCUGGACGACCUGGACCUCAACGAGUUCGGGGUGGCCGCCCUGGAGAAGACUUUCGAUAGCGGCGCCGUGCCCCACCCGGGCAGCGUCACCAUCGGCGGCAGCUUGCUGCAGAGCUCUGCGCCCGUGAACAUCCCCGGCUCCCUGGGCAGCUCCGCCUCCUUCCACUCAGCUUCCCCGUCGCCUCCCGUGAGCCUCUCCUCGCAUUUCCUGCCGCAGCCCCAGGGCCACCUGAGCCAGUCAGAAAACACGUUUCUGGGGACCUCAGCUCCACACGGCUCUCUGGGUCUGAAUGGCAUGAACAGCAACAUCUGGGAGCACUUUGCCUCUGGAAGCUUCUCCCCAGGCACAUCCCCUGCCUUCCUGUCAGGACCGGGGGCCGCUGAGCUGGCCCGGCUUCGGCAGGAGCUGGAGGAAGCGAACGGCACCAUCAAGCAGUGGGAGGAGUCCUGGAAGCAGGCCAAGCAGGCUUGCGAUGCCUGGAAGAAGGAGGCGGAGGAGGCCGGUGAGCGGGCCAGCGCGGCAGGCGCCGAGUGUGAGUUGGCCCGGGAGCAGCGGGACGCGUUGGAGGUGCAGGUGCAGAAGCUGCGGGAGGAGCUAGAGCGGCUGCACUCGGGGCCCGACCCGCAGGCCCUGCCCGCCUUCUCCGACCUGGAGGCCCUCUCGCUCUCCACCCUCUACUCCCUCCAGAAGCAGCUGCGGGCCCGCCUAGAGCAAGUGGACAAGGCCGUGUUCCACAUGCAGUCGGUGAAAUGCCUUAAGUGUCAGGAGCAGAACCGAGCAGUGCUGCCGUGCCAACACGCCGUGCUGUGCGAGCUGUGUGCCGAGGGCAGCGAGUGCCCCGUCUGCCAGCCAGGCCGGGCCCAUGCCCUCCAGUCGUGACGCUGCAGGCCCGGCCCCGGCCUGGCUCACAUCUUCCCACCUAGGACUUUUUAAAGUAUAUAUAUAUAUAUAUGUAUGUAUGUAUGUAUGUAUGUAUAUGUAUAUGAUUAUGUAUAUGUAUACAUCUCCGUGCGUGUGCAGGUAUGCGUGGGCGACCAGUGUGACAGUGUCUGUGUGUAUAUCUGUGUGUAGAUAUAGACACACACUUUAAACAGACUUACCAAGCACUUUUUAAAGAAGAAACUAUUUUGCAGUCCUCCCCUGCCCGCUCCCCCCUUCCCCUCCCUCUGCUCCCACCGCCUGCGGCAGGGAGUCAGAGCCCCUUCCUGUCUCUUUUAUAUGUAGGACUAACUAUUUUUAACUUCUGGGGCCUGAGCAGGGAGGUGGAAGCUGGAAGGGGCGCAGGGGAGAGGGAGGCCUCAGGGCAGGCCCUGUUCCCCCUUCUAGGCCAGGGCCAGGGGCUCGGAGGCCCGGGCAGACCUGCUUCCGGCUGCGGGCCUGAGGGAGUGCUGGGGUCCAGGCAGCCUGGCUGCUGGUUUACCAGAUGCAAAUAGUUCGGGGCUGGCAGGGCCAAGUAGCCCUGCGCCCAACCCCAGGCCCUUGAAGCCCACGAGGGUCAAGGCCCGGGAGUUGGACCCCUCAGGUUCCUGAGGCAGGUCUGCCUCAGCCCUCUCCGGUUCCCAGAGCAGCCUACCUGGCCCCAUGGCCACCUACCAGGCUGGCACUGCCCCCCCCCCCCCCGUCACCCCCUGCUGCCUUCAGCUGUCCCCCUUCCUGGCACUGCCUGGCCCACACCCUCCGCCCUCUCCCUCCGACAGCUAGCAGGGCCAUUGGGAGGAGCUGCGGACUGGACCAGGGGCCCAGGCCCCGCCCUCCCUCCGCCAGGAGGGGCUCCGAUGCAUUCCUUGGUGCUCUCCGAGUGCAGCUGACGUCCUGCCACUCGGCAGGACGCCCGUGUGCAUGUGUGUGCGUGCCUGUCCGUGUAUAGUGUGUCUUAGCUCCAUUUUAAAUUGCUCUGUACAGACAGACGCGGCGGGGCGGGGCGGGGCGGGGGCGGACGGCAGCCGCCCGCUGCCUGCGCUGGGUGCCGGGUGGGAGCGAGGGCGCCGCGAGGCCCUGGCCCCACCCCCCUGUGCUCAGCACCAAAGGGCUUUCAAUGAAUUAAGUGAAAACUUUCUUUUUUACAAAAAAUGCAAAAAUCAACAAAGCUCCAAACCUUUGGAAAUAAAAUAUGAACUUG